AUGGCUUUAAAGUACUUUAUGUGGGAUGGAGAUUUGGUUCGAAAAAGCAAAAAUGAGGUACUUUUGAGGUGCCUGGGGAAGAAAGAAUGCAUGAAGGUCAUGGGGGAAACCCAUGAAGGAAUCUAUGGAGCUUAUCAAGGUGGAAGAAAAAUGUGCUGGUUAAUUAGAAGGUAUGGCUACUUCUGGCCAACCAUGAUGAAGGAUUGCAUUGAGUAUUCCAAGGGAUGUAAAGCUUUUCAAAGGCAUGGUCCAAUCCAACAGGCUCCUUUAGUUCCCAUGAAUCCAAUAGUUAAGCCAUGGCCAUUCAAAGGAUGGGCAAUGGAUCUCAUUGGCAAGAUUUACCCAGCCAGUAGCAAGAAACACUGUUUCAUCAUUAUAGCUACAUACUAUUUCACCAAAUGGGUAGAAGUCAAACCUAUUAAGUCCACCACAUCUCAGGAAAUAAUCACCUUCAUAGAAGAACAGAUUAUACAAAGGUUUGGCAUUCCAGAGUCAAUCACAACUGACAGGGGAUCUUCUUUCAUAUUUGGAGAGAUGCUGGAUAUGGUAGAAGCAUUCAAGUUCAAGCUACUUCAAUCCACUCCUUAUUAUGCCCAAGCUAAUGGACAAGCAGAAUCAAGUAACACCGUGAUCAUCAACAUUAUCAGGAAAAUGCUUAAGAAAAAUCCAAAGCAACGGCAUGAGAAAUUAUCAGAAACUCUGUGGGCAUAUAAGACUUCAAAGAGAGAGGGAACUGACUACUCUCAAACCAUCCUGCUGGAACUAGAAGGAUUGGAUGCAAGUAAAAUUGACACCCUCAACAAACUCUUAGCGGGAAAACACGCUGUAUCAAGGGCCUACAACAAAAGAGUUAAAAACAAGAGUUUUGAAGAGGGAGAAAACACGAUUUUGCCCCUUGAAACACACAUAGCUGGUUAUGGAAAGUGGUUACCUACAUGGGAAGGUCUUGGAUUGGGGGCAUACAGAUUACAUGAUCGAGAUGGAGAUGUUCAGGUUGCACCAAUCAAUGGCAAAUGA